UUAUGUAAGUACAGUCACUCUAUAAUAUUUGCACAACCACAACUCACCUAACAACACAUUUCUCAGAAUGUAUCCUGUUGUUAAGCAAAGCAUGACUGUAAUUAAAAUGGUUUUUCUCCUGUUAAUCUGUCCUAUGUCGAUUUAAUUUGUAGCUCAGCCAAAGAACAUAGAAGGGUAGAUGAAAGCCAUUUUUCACUCCCUUACAGGGCCAUCUGAGGCUCCCAGCACCACACCUGCACACAACAGGCAUUUAGUAAAGGCUGUAGGGCAAAUGCAGGUAAGCCCAACUACUUCCUCAUGAUUUUAUUUCUGGCAAAGGUUUCUUUACUCAAAAGAGGCCUUUCCCUAGGUAAAUGAGGACAUUCGCCUUCUGAUGCAGGCCACCCUUGGUGAGUUGGGCCAUUAGGUCCCCAUUGUCCUGGGGCCUGCUGUCCUCUCAUUAAGCAGAACAUGUAGGUUGCAGAUCAGUGGAGCUGGGAAAAGGAGUCCGGGGGCAGGGAGGCUCUUCUGAUCUCUAGGCCUUUCCUGACCAUCAACCUUUCACCCUGUUCCCAGAUAUGAAACUAACACACAGAAACACAGCAUGUAAGAGAGGGUGUGUGUCAGGGAAAGUUCACUUCCUGGACAGCCCAAGCCCCAUUAAUGCUUGCAGUCACAGUGUAGUGGAAGAGACCCUGGGCUAAUUACCUUGAAUCAGAAAACCUGGGUUCUAACCCCAGCUACAUGACUGCUCUGUGACCUUAGGCAAGUCACACCUGCUCUCUGAGCCUCGGUCCCUUCCUCUGUGAAACAGGAUGAGAUAGAUGAUUUCUGAGGAAUAACUAGUAACCAGUGCCAUGAGGCUUUGAUUUAUUCCUUGAAGUAAGGGACUCGAGGGGGUGUGUCUGCACGGGUUGGGGGUGGCAGGGCAGGAAGGGCAGUGGAACUUGGGUGUCUGUGCCUAAGCACCAUCAAGUUCAGCACUCAGAUAGGGCCUUUCAGCUGUCACUCAAAGAAUUCCCUAGGAAUGGAGGGUGGUACCUGGUUAUCUAGUAACCCCCAUGGCUGUGAGGAGCUAGGGGAGGUAACCCAAGCCAGAGGGGCCAUUCCAGAGGCCAGCUGCAGAGAAGAAGGAGGUAAGUAACCCAAGCCAGAGGGGCCAUUCCAGAGGCCAUCUGCAGAGAAGAAGGAGGUAAGGCGUCCUGCCACGGGGGGAACCCCAGACCUGGUGGGAGUAGUCAGGACUGCCCCAGCGAGGUUUAGGGCCUUAAAAUAGCAGAAUUUCUGGGUAUUCUUAGAAGCUGGGAGAAUUUCUUUAAAAAGAGAAGGCACUGCCCCUGCCUGCUCCUCCUAAGAAAAGGGUGGGGGGAGAAAAUGGGAGGGAAGACAGCCCCUGGGUCUUUUCCACUCCUCUUCCCAUCCCCUGGGAUGAGGGUUCAUGAAAAGGCUUUGCUUUUCAAGGGGAAAGAUACUAAAAGGAUAUGCACACUGAUGAGAUGAACGUAUUUGGGUUUAAGAGGGCUCUUGAGACCAGAGCAGGAUGGCGGGGAAUUGGAAUCAGCCAGCAGACGGAAAGUCUUGGAGACAGGGAAGGGACAGUAAACAGGGACACGGAAUCCUGCGCUCCGGGAGGUUGGCUCCUUGCCAAUUCAAUAGCCUGUUCAGCUUUGGGCCCCCAAUGCCUAGUAUGGCUCCCGGCACAUAGCUGGCACUGAGUAUUUGUUGAACUGACCUACACUACAUCUCGAGACUAGACCACAGGAGUGCCUGGAUUAUGAGUGGGUGGGUGCAUGUGGUGGCACAGUAUGAAGGGGGGGAUGGAGAAGAGGUCCUGUGUGUGCUGUUUCUUCAUCCACUUAGUUGUUCAUUUUAUAAACAUUUUUUACUGUGGUAAAAUGCAUGUAACAGAAAAUCUACCAUGUUAGCCAUUUUAAAGUGUAUGGUUCAGUGGCAUGAAGUACACUGACAUUUUUGUGCGACUACCCCUACCAUCCAUCUCCAGAACUGUUCCAUCUCAUUCAAUGAACAUUUAUUGAGAAUCUAGUAUGUGCCAGACCCUUCAGAUUGCUCCAAAUUUAGUGGGGGAGCAAGACAAGAAAGUCAGCAGCUCUGACCCAGCGUGGUAAAUAUCAUAAAAGACAGGUGUGGGGUGCUGUGGGAGCACAGAGUCCCCAGUUGGUUUCUAGUUGAGAAGGGACUUUCUGAAGGAAGCUGUUACUGGAUUUGAGUCUUGAAGGAAGACUAAGAAUUAGUCAGGACCUCAGAGUGAGAGUUGAAACAGUGCCCAAUGGGGUAGAUGAAGCAGAGUGAGAUGUCAGAGAGAAAUCCCGGAAACCCUGAGGGUCACACCAGGGCAAGGAUAGAGCUGAACUGCCCUAAAGGGAUCCUGCUCUAGGGGAAGCCAAGGCUGACUUCUGACCUCUCUGUUCCCCAUUGUCAGCCCUAUGUCUUCCCCCAACCCUGAGGAUAUCCUCCCCCAGGAGCCUGAGCCUGAGCCCUCAAGAUCCAAGAAGAAAAAGAAGAAAAGAAAGUGGCUGCAUCCAGAGGCCAGCAUCCAAACCCUCACCAGGGCUGGCCAUGGGGCCCUACAGGCUGGCCGGAACCAUGAGGCCUUGACCAGCUUCCAGAGGGCAUUCCUUCUGGCCUCCAAGACCCCACAGACCAGGGACACUCCUGUGCUCCAGGCCUGUGCCUUCAACCUGGGGGCUGCCUAUGUGGAGACUGGGGACCCAGCCAGAGGCCUUGAGCUGCUUCUGCGAGCCCAGCCUGAAGAGAAGGCACAGGGCAGGCAUCACAGUGACCAGUGUUUCAAUGUGGCUUUAGCCUACCAUGCCCUUGGUGACCUGCCUCAAGCUUUGGCCUGGUACCACAGGGCCCUGGGCCACUACCAGCCACAGGGCGGCCAGGGGGAAGCCCAGGCAAAAAUGGGAGCCUGCUACCAGGCUCUGGGACAGCCUGAGCUAGCAGUUCACUGCCUGCAGGAAGCAAGCCGGGCCUAUGCCCAAGCAAGGCAUCCCCGGGCUGCAGCCCUGGCCUUGGGGGCUGCAGCGGGGUGUAUGCUGAAGAGCGGGCGGCAUGGUGUAGGUGAAGUUGUGCAGGUGCUGGAGGAGAGCCGGAGGCUUGCUGAGAAGAGCACUGAGCAGGGACUGCUGGGGCACCUCUAUAAUGACCUAGGCCUGGGCUACUCCCAGCUCCAGCUGUUCCCGCUGGCCGUGGAGGCCUUCCUGCAGGCCCUGCCCCUGUGCCGGGGGCCAGGAGAGCAGGCCACAGUGCUAAGAAACCUCGGGAUGGCCCACAAUGCCCUCGGCAACUAUCAGGAAGCUCGGGAGUUCCACCAGAAGGCUGCUGACCUACAUGGCUCCGUGGGGCAGCGGUGGGAGCAGGGCCGGAGCUUUGGCAGCCUGGCAUUUGCGUUGAGCCAGCUGGAGGACCACAAGGCUGCCAGAGACAACUACCUGCAUGCCCUGCAAGCUGCCCGGGACACUGGUAAGGGGGACAUGAAGGGGCAGUGGCAGGCCUGUGAGGGGCUGGGGGCUGCUGCAGCCAGACUGGGGCAGUAUGACCAGGCCUUGAAGUACUAUAAGGAAGCACUGGCCCAGUGUCAGAAGGAGCCAGAUUCUGUGCGAGAACGGCUGGUGGCCAAGCUGGCAGAUGCUAUGAGGACCCACUUGGGCCAGGUGGGGCUGGUCCAGGCUCACACCCUGACCUCGGCUCCAGGAAGGCCCCAGGCUCCGGUGAGGGCCCGCCGCGCGGCGGGGACCCCAGCCAGCGUGCGAGGCAGCACCGCAGAAGCACAACGCUGGUCUUCCGAUGGGUGGCAAGUCGAAGAGCUUGAGGCGGGCCACGAGGAGAAAAAAGAGGAGGGGUCGGCGAAUGUUCUCGCGACUUCUGGGCCCGGGAGAAUGCAGCGUCCAGGACCCACGGCCCAUCUUCCAUUUGGAGCUCCAGGCCCUCCUCGAGUGGAGUACCCUGGCAUCCUGGUACUCAAUGGCUCCCAAGCCAAUAGGAAUAUGAACAACCCUCACCCAGCUUUGGAGGCCGGGGGUAUCCCCUGCCUCUUGCAUGGCCUGACGGUAGGCCUCAGAGAAAAGGACAGUCCUGCAAAAUGGGGGGACAUGAAACUUAAGCCUACUGCCUCAUGCUGUGGAGCCCACCAGCAGAGGUCACCCAAAUGGCACAGGGAAACCCUCAGCAGGAGUCUCCAGAGGAAACCCACAGAAUCUGGCUUCUGUACAGUCAUGUGACCUCCCCCCUGCUGGCCAUAGCCCUCACCUCUGCGGAACCUGCCCCAACACACACACUCUAAGGGGUUUCAGGGGACUGAGCCUUCUCCCAGUUGUCCAACCCUGCAUGGACAGGGAACACAACAUAAUCAGCCAGUGGCUUCCUGAGGAGGCUGGCUGAGGGCUUUGGAGUCUCAGCUCUGAGAUGUUCUGUUUGCUUCUCACUGGGAUUGUUGGACUCAAUAGGUAUUAAAAAAAAAAAAAAAAAGAAAAGAAAGCAAAAUGGAUGGUGAAUUUCACUGUUUUCCUGGAUCCAAACCUCAUGAUUGCUAAAGCCCUUGCGGUUCUAAAAACUGUGACUUCUUGGUCAAGGGGCUUUGGAGUGACUGACUCUCCAGUCCUCCAGUUUCUCAUAUGGUAUAUUAAAUACUACAGAAGAUACAUCUUACUCAAUUGAGGCACCUGCUUCUUCCAUGAAAGACACGGGAUGCUGGGUGCAGGCUCAGGUGUACAGCCUGUAGGACAGCUGCUGCCAGCAGCCCAGCAACAAUGAUAUCAUGUAACGUUUAUUGAGCACUUUGCACAUGCUCCACACUAUUCUAAGUGCUUCACAAAUGUUUUCUCCUUUAAUGCUCGUGAGUUUGUAAGGUAUUAUUAUUAAUAUUAUCCCCUUUCAGAAAUGAGGAAAAUAGAGCACAAAGCUUAAGUAGUUUGAAUUCCCAGGCUAUACAACUAGUAUGUGGAGAAGUUGGAAUUCAAUCCUAGGCAGUGAGCAUCUUCUAGAAUGCUGUGCAGUUCCACUCUCACAGCUAAGCCAUGGCUAGCCCAGAGUUAGUGAAGUGUGUUUAUGCCAGUUG